CGACAGAUACGCUGAGAAUGAUACAGCUCAGCACAUGCCUGUUUCCGCCAGGCAUCUCGUAGGUUGCUUCCGCCCAGCUGCCGCCUUAUCACAGAGAGAUGCAGCGGUGCGGCUAUGCGGUAUAUGGAGUCCGUGUAUCAAUGUAGCGGAGAAGCCGGAAUGACUGUAUGAUGUUCCGGCCAUCUGAGGGCCCAACCUGCCGAGGUAUUCUCACUCAGUCAGCUAUAUCUCAGAAGGCAGGUUGGGACAAAAAGCAUGAUUCGGGCUGCACAGAGCUGUGGCUUAGCAUGCUUUAUCCAGCGUCGACGGGUGUGUCAACACAGGAUUGGGCUUCAAGGCAUCCGGGUUAGGAAGGAAGAAAUCGAAGCAGUGGUUAGACGAAUGAUAUCCGAGGUGUCCGAGAACUGCGAGGCUGUCCUGGUCUGGAGGAGGAGGAGGAUGGUUCGUGGGCUGGGUAAGUCAGUAACUUGCAGCCAGCCGAGCAAUAUCUUGACCGGAGAAUUUUGGAAUACGGAACAGCGCGCGAUUCAUGAUCGGCUUGCCAUGAUGCUCCUUCCUGGCAACAACCCUGAUCCUUGGUGCGGGCGGAGAAACAGUGCAGGAUUGACCGCCAGUUCGUCGGCUCAAAUGUCUGGGGAAGCAACGCUGGCUGGCCUGAACUAUGUCAUGCCGGUAUUGAUAAUCCAAGGCGGUGUCGCCUUUGUUCUAAGGCGGGCCCGAGCUGCCCCCCGAGAAUCUUCAUUGUUGGUGAUUUUUUUGGUCGCCAAACGCAUGUCCAGACAAGCGACAUCUGACAAAGACUGUAUGAAGUGGGCUGGCGUGGGACAAGUUCCGGGCCUGCACAGACGGCGGCCCUGCCGAGCGAGUCGCCGUCUGCAUUUCCAGAUCCACCGACGACUACGACUACACUAAUACUUUCGCCCCUUGUUUGUCUUGCGUUUGGAGUGUUGCAGCGGUUCAUCAGUCCAGCCUCAAUCGAGGUCGCUUUUUCGAGGCUUAUGCUCCCGUAUAUCAUGCAAACAAUGCUCUCCCCCGGCUUCGACUCGCUCGUCCUGGUUGCAUCAACGUCCGGGUUCGCCCCCGGACCAGGGCAGCGAACAGACGCAGUCUCGCGCACAGAGGUUCAAAAAUAAAUUCAGAUGCGCAAAUCAUCUAUCAACCGAGACUCGCUGGCAUGACGAGCUGGUUGUGCCCCCAAAGCGGCGAUGCGGCUCAGACCCCAGAAACCCAUGUACAUCAA